UUCGUUUCUUGUACUCCGUUCAAGUAAAGAAAAUAAUAUACAAUUAUAGCUUAUAUAUUAUAGUAGCAAGUUUGUAGUUUUUACUUCAUCGCAUUAACUUCAGCAAUGGCUUUUUUGGACUCCAUGCAAGCAGAUGAGUCGUGGCUCCUAAUGUGUUUUGAAGACUCAAAGUUUGAGAUUAUAAAAAGAAGCAGAGUGUUUUGCGAAAAAGAAGAAGAUAUUUUCUUAGGAGCAACGAUAAAUAUCAAAUGUGGAAGAGUAAAAAUGCGAGGGACUGUCGUCAGUAUCAAUGAUUCCAAAAAAUAUAUUGAACAAAAUUUGGAAAAAAUUUGUGAAAACCAUUUAAAAAAUAAAUCACACAAAUCUAGCGAACGUGAAUCCACGGAGUUGCAGCUACCAAAUAGCCGUGAUAAUGAGGUGCAAGACGAUUUGGCUGCGGAAAUGACGAGUAAAGAGCAGGAAUUAUUAAUGUGGAAAGGUCGGCUGGAAAAAGAAGAAGCACUAAACGCGCACUACCGACAAUAUUUAAGCUUUAUUGGAGUCCAGAUUUCGAAAGUUCCCAAAAAUGACCAAAACCCUCCAACAGAUCAUAAUUAAACUGAUGUGUCAGUAACAAUGCAUAAUGGUGAAAAGGUAGUUAAAUCUGGACCAAAUCAAAGUGUUAAAUCAUAUAAAACGUAUAAUAAAAUUAGUUGGAAGGCCCCAUCCGCUGCAACAAGAGGUUUGUUGUCAGCUUUAUUUAGUCAAGAAACAUUGGCAACACUUCGCAUGACAAGGAAACGCAGUAAUGCAUUUAAGGAGACCAAUACCAAAGCAAAGUUAAAUCCGGAAAAGGUUGCUGAUAUUAUAUGCUUGUUAAGUUCCAAUUGUUGCGUUGCUGAAAGUGUCGUUA